AUGCUCUUCCGGAAUUGUGUGGCUUUGCGCCGAUGUACUGUGGUGCGCGUACGAUUCUUGAGCACCAAACCUCUUACUCCGAUAGAAGCUUACGACAUUCGAGUAGCAGAGAAUAAACUAAGGGAUGACCCCUACCAGCGGAAAAUCAUACUGAAUCUUUCCAUUUUGCAUGGCCAGCUAGCUGACUAUAAGCCUCCGGAUGUGGGGAUGCCUGACGUUGAGAGUCUAAAGCCCAAGAUCGGUGUUGCUAAGUUUUUCGACUCGUACUUUGGCAAGAAGAAGCAGGAUCGGACGGUUCUGGAAAUUGUCGAGAACAAAGUCAAAGGUAUUUAUUUAUGGGGUGAUGUUGGGUGCGGGAAAACAAUGUUGAUGGACCUCUUCUAUCUGACUGUUCCUGAGCAUUUGCCCAAGAGAAGAUUCCACUUCCAUCAAUUCAUGCAGAAUUUGCACAAGCGCUCUCAUCAGCUUAAAGUGGAACAUAACCAUUUUGACUUGGACGUCAUUCCUUUAUUGGCAAGUGAAAUUGCGAGGUCAUCUACAGUCCUAUGCUUUGAUGAGUUUCAAGUUACUGAUGUUGCCGAUGCCAUGCUUCUUCGCAGAUUGAUGUUCUUGCUUCUCAGUCCCGAGUAUGGAGUUAUUUUAUUUGCAACUUCCAAUAGAGCACCAGACGAUUUGUACUUGAACGGAAUCCAAAGAGUUCUGUUCAUUCCAUGCAUCCAGUUGAUCAAGAAACAGACUCGUGUCAUCUAUCUUAACUCUCCAACAGAUUAUCGAAAAGUGCCCCGGCCGUUAUCUUCCGUUUAUCACUAUCCCAAACCCGGUGUGAAGUAUCACAGUAAGACAAACAUUUCCGCUUGCAGAAAGCAUAUUGAAACGUGGUAUAACUAUUUCAAUCGUCACAAUACGGAAAAGGAUGCGGUCAUCAAUGAUACGUUAACUGUUUGGGGUAGAACACUAAAAGUUCCUCUUAGUUCGCGGCCAUACGUGGCACAGUUCACAUUCGAAGAGCUUUGCGGUAAAAAUUUGAGCGCUGGCGAUUAUUUGACGUUGGCCAAUACAUUUCAAUCGUUCAUUAUCACAGACAUUCCUUACUUAAGUACUGAUGUGAGAGACAAAGUCAGACGAUUCAUUACGUUCCUAGACGCAGUUUAUGAUGCACAUGGAUGCAUAGCCACCACGGCUGCUGCACCAUUCCUGGAUAUAUUUGUCGAACCUGAGGAUCUACAAAAGGACAAUUACCAACUCUUCAAACAUGAGAGUGACAAAGGUGAAGAAGAGACAUUUGAAAACGAUGAUUUGGUCUUGAAGCAUGGCUUCGACAAGCUGGUUGCCAAAAAGGCUUCGAUGUUUGUCAAUGAUGAGGAAAAAUUCGCCUUUGCCAGGGCAUUGAGUCGUUUGACCCAAAUGGGGACAGUAGACUGGGUUGAAUCGGUGAGCGAGAAGCAUUGA